AGUCAUUCUUGAAGGAAAAAGAGUGCUGCAAGAGAUGUGUCAGAGAGGCACAGGGUGGGAUGAGCCACUACCCAAGGACCUGAAGUUAAGGUGGGAGACUUGGAUGAAGGAUUUGGAGAACCUGGAAAGAAUUGAGAUUCCAAGAUGCUUCAUACCUGACAGCCUUGGUGAGAUUCAGAGAGCCGAGCUUCAUCAUUUCUCUGAUGCAAGCAGUCAAGGGUAUGGUCAGUGCUCUUACAUCAGAGUGGUAAGCAGAGAAAGGAUAUGCUGCUCCUUGGUCAUGGGCAAGGCAAGGGUUGCACCAACCAAAAUAGUUACCAUACCCAGACUUGAGUUAACUGCUGCAGUAACCUCGGCAGCUGUGAGUAGCAUGUUAAGGGAGGAGCUGGAGCUCAAGAUUGACGACGAAUAUUUUUGGACAGACUCAAAGGUCGUGCUUGGUUACAUUAAUAAUGAAGCAAGAAGGUUCCAUGUGUUCGUGGCAAACCGCGUUCAGAGAAUUCGAGAAACCACCGAUGCACGGAAAUGGUAUUAUGUUGACACAGGAGAAAACCCUGCUGAUCAUGGCUCGAGAGGCCUCAAAGUAGCUGACCUCAUCAAGUCAAAUUGGUUCUCUGGUCCCAGCUUUCUAUGGGAAAGAGAGAUAGCCACAAAACAGGCUACUUCAGAUUUGCUGGUGGGAGACCCUGAGGUGAGGACUACUCAGGUGUUGAAGGUUGAUGUAGCAAGGCAGUUUGACAUCCAGAAGCAUCUGCUGCGGUUCUCAAGAUGGACUACAGCUGUCAACGUCAUUGCUCGUAUCCAGCGGCUGGCAAAGAGGAUCAGGACCGCUGAGCCUUUAAACGUGGAAGAGAGAAAACAAGCUGCACAGACUCUCGUCAAGCUUGCACAACAAGAUGCCUUUCAAGAGGAGUUAAACGCACUCAGCCAGAAACCAGGAAGGCUGCCUUGCAACCACCAACUCUUUCAGCUUGACCCAUUCCUCCAAGAUGGCAUAAUGAGAGUAGGAGGAAGACUGAGGAAGGCAUCUGUGCCUCUCGAGUUAAGACACCCAGUGAUCCUUCCUAAAGAUGGUGCUGUUACAAACCUCAUCAUUGCACACCAUCAUACUAAGAUACAACACCAAGGCAGAGGACAAACCCUCAAUGCACUGAGAGCCAAUGGUUACUGGAUCGCUGGUAGAAGUAAGGCUGUAGCCCAAUACAUCAGGCAGUGCGUACAGUGCAGGAGAGCCCGCGCGCAACCAGAGGAGCAACGGAUGGCAGAUCUACCUAGUGACCGUGUUGAUCCCACACCACCAUUCACUUAUUGUGGUAUGGACUGCUUUGGUCCUUUUCACACCAAACAAGGUCGCAAGGAUCAAAAACGGUAUGGCCUCCUCUUCACAUGUCUUUGCUCAACGGCAGUGCAUAUAGAGAUGUUGGAGGAUUUGACGACUGACGCGUUCAUCAAUGCUUUGCGCUGCUUUAUUGCCCUUCGUGGAGCUGUUAGGCACAUUAGGUCCGAUCAGGGAACUAACUUUAUGGGGGCAAGAAAUGAGAUGGCAAAGGCUCUGAAAGAACUUGAUAAGGAAAGAGUGACUGCAUACCUAGCAGAAAAUCAGUGCGACUUCCAGAUGAAUACGCCCCACUCUAGUCAUGCUGGAGGUGCAUGGGAGCGUCAAAUCCAGACAGUGAGAAGUGUACUGAGCAUGGUCCUUGCCUGCAGUGUGGGAAGGUUGGAUGAUGCUUCAUUAAGGACAUUCCUUUAUGAAGCUAUGUGCAUCGUGAAUAACCGCCCACUCACUGUUGAUAACAUGAACGACCCCAAAAGCUUGGAGCCACUCACACCAAACCACUUGAUCACCAUGAAAUCCUCAAUCCCACUUCCACCUCCAGGUAAAUUUGUCAAGGAGGAGCUGUACGCCAAGAAACGGUGGAGAAGGGUCCAGUAUCUGACCGAGCAAUUUUGGCACAGAUGGAGAAAGGAAUACCUGGCCAAUAUUGCUCUGAGACAGCGAUGGCAUACACCAAGACGUAAUGUGGAGGUGGGUGACAUUGUGAUUCUCAAGGAGGAAGAUGUUCCUCGCAAUGAAUGGAAACUCGCUAGGGUUGUGGAAGCACAUGAGGAUGAUGAUGGACUUGUACGGAAGGUGACAAUCCAGACUGGUGAUCGGAAGUUAGGAAAGGGAGGCAAACGCCUCGUCCAACCCUCAAUCAUUCAAAGACCCAUUCAGAAAUUAGUGGUCCUGGUGAAAAACAGCUAAAAUUGGAAAUGUCAUUCAUUGAUUAGAUUCCCCUUCUAAAAUAGAAGUUGUCAUUAUGCUGUACUUCAUGCACAUGUUGUGGAGAUGUAAAUUCUGUUCAUAUUGUUGAAUUCAUUUGUUGAGAAAAGAAUAUUGUUUAUGUCAAUGCAAGAGUGUUUAACAACAACAUGGUGCUUGGGAAUUACCAUUGAUUUAAUGAACAAUGCAAGUGUAUUUACAUUCACAAUUGUAAUAAUCAAAGGUAAUUGGUGGGAGUGUAGCUGACGCUGAAAUGUUUGUGUUGGUUGCCAUGACAACACCAGUAGCGCAUCUGAGAUCGUUAUGUUGUUUUCUGUUUGUUUUCGUUAUUUGGUACUCAUGUUUGUGUACAUUUGCAGUAGGAAAAGAUAAUCUGUGAAUCCAGUAAUACAUCCUGCUUAUAAGAAACGUUUUUGUUAAAAAUUAUUGUGAAGUAGUCACUUCCUGUGAGUCGCGGGAACCGGAAGUUGUGCGCGGGAGAGACAAGACAGAGCGGUAACACGGCGGACUUUUUGGAAUGUACAACUUUUCUACUGCUGGUUUUACAAGGCGUACACGUUUUCACGGUGCUCCAUGAUUGUGAGAGGAAUAAAAGAAUUGUGGACAUCAGUACGAAGCGUGGAUUCUUUCGACCAGAGUAGAUACAAAGACCGUUCAUUCCCAG